CGGUGACCUCUGACAGACAAUUAUAAUUAUCACUGUUGAGAGGGUAGUUGAUUUUGCAAUAGUUUCGCACUUCGUAAUAGUCGUCAACCCACCUUAACUUCACACAGUUCAAAAUGAGCAGAUAUAAUUCGAUUUUAGUGUUUUUAACAGUGAAUUAUUUAUUAAAUACAGAAGCUUUCAGAGUGUUUGAUGUGAAUGGUGUAGAAAAUAUUCUGGCGUUAGAGAAUGAGCAGAUUAAUAUAGAAUGUAAAACUGAUAUGGCCAUGGCUUACUGUGGAUUUAUACAUCCAACUGGAAAACGAUAUUCGUUUUCAGGCACCACCUUAAACGUCGGCCACUGCGCCAUAAAAAUAAAAGCGACGAAAAACGAUACUGGAACAUGGCGAUGCCACAUAGGUACGAAGGCUACUGGUGUGGAAAUGAUGCAGACAAUCCAAGUUAGGGUAGUAAGACAAUUGGCGGCCAUCCAGAAGAAUAUUACGGCAGUGCAUGGCAAGCCUGUAACGUUGGCUUGCGCGACUACCAAAGGACUGAUGCCUUUGAGUUAUUGUCGGUUUGAGCCUCCAAUUGGACAACCUUUUAGCAUCAACUCGGAGGUGACUCGCACCAACCCAAUCCUAGGCCGAUAUUUCUUUCCAAGCAACAAAAGUUUAGACCGUGGAGAUUGCGCAGUGACUAUACGAAAGGUCAAAUAUGAAGAUGUUGGCGCGUGGACAUGCGGAGCUGGACUUGAUGAUGGACAGGAACAUAUCGACUUUAUACAAUUAGAUGUUGAAGGACUAUAUGCCAUGUCGACAGCAUCAGCAACUGGCAUCACUUUUGGCGCAAUCGGCAUCAUUGCCUUGUUAGCUGCUCUCGGAUUUUUCGCGUGGAAACAGCGAAGAGUCUUAGGAGCUAUGAGACCUGAGGCUGAGGAAGCAAGGGGCCAUGAAUUGCAAGAGAUCCCUGCUGCAAGCCCAAGUUCCCAAAGCACCCCUCGACCUGCCAGGAGUUUACCUCGGGUAGAGAUAGAAUCUCCAUCAGAACCCAGUGCUUCUCCAUUAUUGACACAAGCUGAGUCUUGAAGAUGUUCAUUGAAUUUUUGACUGAUUCAAAUUAAUUUAGGUUUAUUCAUAAACACUGCCAUUUAGAUAUUGAGUCACCCACCUAUUAGAAGACCAGGUUCAAGCUCAUCAGAUUUGUUUGUGUACAUAAUA